AUGCCAGGCGAAGACGUUACUAUGACGGAGGCGCUUCCACCAACGGAAGCGAGCGGCUUGUCCGCUCGGCUGCUGCAAGCAUUUACGAUACUCCAACAGACGACGGAAUCGCACAUCCCCAACACAAUUUCAGCAAUGGAUGUACUGUCUGCUUUUAUCGUUCCGAACUUGAAUCCACUUGCCAUAUAUCGUGCAGCUUGCUGUCUUCGGGAAUGUGACUUGAGAGAGAUUGUGCAGGUAAUGGUUUUCUCGGGCCCUACCGCACUUCUUCCAGCUCUUCGAUUACUAAACAUUAUGAGAGGACUCCCUGGAAACUGGGAGCUUGCCAUGCAACUACUGGACGAACAUGCAGAAAUGCAAAAUAUUGAACGCAAUGGGAUUCGCGCCAUGACUUUACUCGCUUUUCUGGGGGGAAAGAAGGCAUGCGAUUUGUGUGAUUGGUCUAUUGUUAUCCGCGAGGCGCUUGAAAAUGGCCACGAAGAAGCUUCGCUAGCAUUGCACAUGAUCAUGGAGAAGAAGUGGACUGGAACGAUUGAGACUGUCUAUCGAAUUGAAAAUUGGGAAGGGGAACAGAAGUAUUCCGAUAGUCCUUCGUUCUGGCGAGAAAUGCAGUGGGCUACGUAUUCGCGCGAGUUUUGUUGCAAUGCAUCGUUCUGUGACAGGCCUUUUGUCGCUCAGUCACCACAGGAGUCUUCACAAACGAAACCGAGCUUACGGAGUUAUCUUGAACAACCUCCGAGAGAGUUUGGAGCUGUAUCUUCGCACUACAUCCGUAUUGGUGGAGUAUUAGUGCGGCGGCGUUCCGGCGAGGUGGGACCUGGUGCAAGCGAAAGGCUCACUGUGAACUCUUCACCUAAACAGAAGCACCUUGAAUUAACAAACCAUUCCCAGCGCCACGAAUUUAUUUACACGCCUAGUCUUUUCCCAGUCCUGAAGACACUUGCCGGUGCGCUCAGCUAUGGGAUACCCAUAGUUUUGGAAGGAAGUGCCGGAUGCGGAAAGACAAGUGUAAUUUCUCUUUUAGGCCGAGAAACGACAUACAAGAAACCCGACAAUAGCAACAAAGUCCCCUCGGUAACAUUCAUUCAGAUGGACAGUGGCGUCGUACCUCUUCCGGAAGGAAAAGGAUUUCAAUGGCGGCCCGGACCAAUUGGACUUGCUAUCGAAAAGGGAGAAUGGCUUGUGUUUGAGAAUCUCGGGCAACUCUCUGCGCGCUCCUCUUCAGCUGUCCCACUUAUAAUAACUCUGGCACAACUCCAACCUGGAGAUACGUUGAGUGCACCGGGCAGAGGACAACCGCUUCGCGUGAACAAAGGAUUUCGGUGCAUUGCGACGAGAACAACAUCAGACGAAGAAGGGAAUGUAAAUUGGGAACCGCCAGGAGGAUGGGAAAUUUGGGACAGAGUGGCUGUACCUUCGCUCUCGCAUGAUGAAAAGUUGGAUUUGCUGAAAGAGAAAUUUCCGCUGGUGAAAGACUGUGUUCCUAGAGUUCUGAAGUGUACCAAUAUUGUAUCAGAAUGGUUCAGGAAAAACAGGGCCUCAUUUAGCCGAGACACGACGUUGCGGGAAGCGGUCCGCAUUUGCAACCGCUUGACAGAUCUACGACUGGAGCAAGGAGAGCUCAUGACAGCGGAAAGUGCUCUCUUAGAGACUAUUGACGUGUUGGUAUCAUGGUGCAGCGAGGGGCAAGAAAAAGACAUGCUCUUGAAUGCAAUUUCUGCUGGUUGGUCCUUGCCGUCUGAUGUGGCCAAGGAUUUGGUUUCGCAGCACCGGCCAUCCCUAUCUGUUGAAGACAACCUCUUUCGGGUUGGUAGAAGCUCCUUGUCAGUAAAGGUUGAAAAUGAUGUGAUGUUCCCCAAACGUCUGACCAUGACAAGUUACACUUUACGCCUGAUGGAGAAAAUCGUACGUUGUCUACAAGUAGGAGAACAUGUUCUGCUUACCGGUGAGGCCGGCUCGGGGAAAACCGCUCUAAUUCAAGAAGUAGCGGCUUUUCUGCGAACAAAACUCGUGGUGGUGAACCUGUCCCGUCAAAGCGAGCUUGGGGAUUUGAUGGGUGCUUUUCGACCCGUUGAAACAACGGCUGUUAUCCCCCUUUUAGCAAAGAAGUUUGCGGAAACGUUUUGCCUUACUAUGUCACGGAAAAAGAACGGCCAGUUUUUAGACGCACUUGGCAGAGCCUCGCGGUCGAUUGAACAUCAUGAAAGAUCUGUCCGGCUUAUGGAAAGAGCAGCGGAGGCCAUUCCCAAGUCGGCAAAGAAUGCGAAUACUUUCUUGGCGGAGAGGUGGCGCACUAUUGCAGACGAGCUGAAAAGAUCAAAGCGCAGAGUAGACUUUCAGUUUUCCGAAGGGGUGCUUGCACAAGCAAUGCGAAGCGGGGCAUGGAUAUUGCUAGACGAGAUUAAUCUAGCACCGACAGAGUUGUUAGAACGGCUGGUGAGCGUCUUGGACUGCGGCGAGAUUUUGCUUCCGGAUGCCGUGGGCUCCAUGUUGGCGAGAUCUGAAGGCUUUCGAUUGUUUGCAGCAAUGAAUCCACCGACAGAUGUUGGCAAGCGCCCAUUACCCAAUGUUUUACGGGCACGCUUCUCUGAGUUUCACUGCGGAGAUAUGUUGGACAAGGACGAUGUUAUUUUGUUGGCACUUCAUCGCUUUUACGGUCUGAGAGCGCCUCUAGGCAACCGGACAAGUCAGCUGUCACCAGAAAGGCGCAGGCCAGUGCGGUUUAGUCUGCGAACAUUAUCGAGAAUGCUUGAUUUUGCUUCUGGCCUGAGGAGAUUUAUGAGAAGUGGUGAAGUGGGUGUCCGUCGGUCUCUAUUUGAAGGUGCUAUUUUGUCUUUUGCAACGCCAUUGCCCGCCACAUCUCGUGCUCGGGUGUGCGAAGUGGCGCAGACUUGCCUACUGAAGGUUGUUUCCAGCAGAUAUAGAUUAGAACCUUUGUCUGGCGUAGUGACGCUACCAACUAACAUGACCGCACACGUAAGAUUUGUUGAGGGAGUGCCGCUUGAAGUGAGCGCAUCAGGAGACCAGCAUUCAUCCGACCUGGAAAAAAGUUUUAUCAUCUCUCCAACUGUGCGGGAAACUCUCAGGGAUGUAUGCCGUGCACUAGCGCUUGGGACCCGCCGUCUCCCUGUAGUGCUACAAGGACCGACGGCUGCCGGGAAGACAUCCUUGGUGACGUAUCUUGCUUCAAUGACGGGGAACAGCCUUAUCCGAAUUAAUAAUCACGAACAUACAGACUUAUCUGAUUACGUAGGAGGCUAUGUGGCCACCCCGAAUGGUGCAUUAGUAUUUCACGAGGGGCCCUUGUCCCUCAAUCGAUUGCUCGACGACAAUAGAGAGAUUCUUAUACCUGAAACUGGAGAAGUGGUCAAGGCGAACGCUGGAUUUACGGUAUUUGCAACACAGAACCCACCCGGACUAUAUGGCGGCCGAAAAGAGUUGUCCAGAGCUUUUCGAAGCCGGUUCAUUGAAAUCCAGGUUCCAGACCUGACAGAUGAAGACCUCUUAACAAUUCUGCAACAACGAUGCAGGAUACCACCGAGCUUUGCAAAGAAAAUGAUCGCUGUUAUGAGGGAGCUACAGUUACGGAGAAGAACCACGAGUAUUUUUUCGGGGAGGGAUGGGUUUGUUACCGCACGGGAUUUGUUCCGAUGGGCAUCUCGAGGGUCCCGAUCCAAGGAAGAGCUUGCAGUCCACGGGUUCUUUUUGCUUGCAGAGAGAUCAAGGCGUACUCACGAGCGCGAAAUUGUCAGAGACAUCCUUCUCAAAGUUAUCGGGGUAGACCCUGGGGUUUUAGUCCAUGAUGCACUGUACUCAUUCCAUGAUUUGAAGACGGGGAGAUCUCCAUCCCAAGAAUGCCUUGAUUUUAGCAUGGUGGCAACAUCUCAUACAUGUCGGAUGCUAACUUUGAUGAUUCACAGCGUGGCGAACAGCGAGCCUGUCCUACUCGUUGGAAGUACCGGCGGCGGGAAGACCUCGUGCUGUGCUGUGAUAUCUCGCGCACUUGGGCUGCGGUUUGAGACAGUGAAUUGUCACCAACACACAGAGGCAUCUGACAUUAUUGGCAGCUAUCGCCCGUCGAGGUCCCUCGAUUCGGAUGGGCCCCUGUUUGAAUGGGUUGAUGGGCCCCUCGUCCGAGCCAUGAGGCAGGGUUCCAUUAUGCUCAUCGAUGAGAUUAAUAUGGCUGAAGAUGCAGUCGUAGAGAGACUAAAUUCGGUGAUGGAAUUGGAAAGAAAGCUUCUCCUAUCUGAAAAAGGAGCAGUUUCGCCUGACAAGCAGAAUAAGGACGCUAGUUUUGUCGCUGAGGAAAUAACGGCAAGCUCUAUGUUUCGAAUUUUAGCAACUAUGAAUCCAGGGGGUGACUACGGGAAGAAAGAGCUCUCUCCAGCGUUGAGAAAUCGGUUGACAGAGAUUUGGGUUCCAGCACCUGCCACUAUCGAUGAUUUUUCUCCCAUUGUGCUAGCAGUCCUCUCUGCCAGUGAGGCCUUCCUCCAGAAUGAACGCAUGCAGCUCUGUCGAAAAGCUCUCUGUGAUUUCCUUAGAUGGCUUCUUGCAGAGUAUUCGGAUUUUCAAGUAAUGCUUUCUGUUCGUGACAUUUCCACCUGGUGCCAGUUCAUAGCGGAAGCUUUUCAAACUAUUGGUCUAGAUCCCCUUUUGGGGUUAGUGCACGGCGCACGAUUGGUAUUUCUUGAUGGCUUAGCUGUGGGCUCUACUGGGUCAGAAGACUCAAGCGUCGAGGUCGUGGUUUGGAACAAGCUGACAUCUUUACUGCCACCAGAUCUCCGAGCAACAGCAGAUGCGGCCAAGUUUGGAGAGGGUGUUAGACGAGGCUUCUUAGAACAGAAAGAACAUGCGACUCAAUGGAAAGAUGAGCUCAGUUUGUUUACAAUUCCACGGAAUGAAACUGCAGUAAUAUCGCAACAAACUCCUGAAGCCCUGGGUUACUCGUUUGACGCGCCAUGCACAGCUCGUAACACUGCUCGAAUUGCCCGAGCAAUGGCUGUUAGCAAACGACCCAUACUAUUGGAAGGUCCGCCUGGCUGCGGAAAGAGCUCGUUGGUGGCAGCCCUAGCAAGAGCUUCAGGAUUCUCCUUUAUCAGAGUCAAUUUAUCGGAUGCAACUGAAAUGUCCGACCUCAUCGGGAGUGACUCUCCGGGGGAUGUUCCUGGGGUAUUCACAUUCCGUGCUGGUCCAUUACUAAGAGCAGUCCAGGAAGGAUCAUGGGUGCUCCUGGAUGAGCUUAAUUUAGCGUCACAGAGCGUCCUGGAGGGCCUUAAUUCCGUUUUGGACCAUAGGAGGUCGCUCUUCAUUCCGGAACUGAGCCGGGAGGUUGCGUCGCAUCCCUCGUUUCGAGUAUUCGGGGCUCAGAAUCCGGCCUGCGAGGGUGGAGGCCGCCGAGGUCUUCCGAAGAGCUUUCUAAAUCGAUUUGCACGAGUUCACAUGGAGGCCCCCACGAAGCAUGACAUCGUCUCCAUACUGUCCGCGGUUCACCCGUUAAUUGGUUUCGAAACGACCUCAAGAAUCGUGAAGACAUUGCUGGAUGUCCGUCAAACUUUGGAAAGCGGCGGACACUCCACUGAUAUCUCGUCGUUUGGCCUAAGAGAUGCGUUGCGAUGGUGUGACUUAUAUUGCCUUGGAGUUUCUUUCCAUGUAGUCGUAGUACAAGGUCUCCAGCGAGGCCAAGCUCGAGAAUUGGCCGAGCAUGCGUAUCGGAGGACAUUUGGCUUCGAAUGGGAUAUUUAUCCGGGGUUGCCGACAUUGGUCUCUGCCGAUCAGAAGACGUUGAGAUUAGGUCAAUCAAUGGUGCGAAGGAGCGAAACAUUUUCUUUCACGCACGUAGAGCCAUGCGGUUUGCCCAUACGGGCCGGGGACCUCGGAGAACUGCAGGCACUUUCCUUAUGUGUAAAUGCCGGCUGGCCUGCUGUGCUAUCUUGCGAGGGAAGCACUACCAGCUCUGCAGACGGGAUUCGCCUUGUUCAGACCCUUGCUUCUUUAUACGGCAAGACGGUGAAAGUCGUGCAUGGUGCUUCGCUUUCCGAUUGUGAUGAGUUCAUGGGAGGCUAUUGCCAGAAAGAUGCUGUGACUCACUACGACACCAUCCAAAGCAUUUCUGAAUUCCAAGAUGUGUCUAACGCGCUGAUGAAUGCGAUUAAAAGUAUCCCCGCUCGAGGCAAGAGCAUUGACAACCAAGUGCAAGUAAUGCACAACAUUCUUCUCGAGCUCGGAACGUUUCAACGGUCGACUGAAGAAGACGGUCUAGUGUCCUUUGAAUGGAGGAAGAGUGAAUUUGUGGAUGCUAUUGAAGAAGGUGAAUGGAUUUUGAUUCGUGACGCCGAUGCCUGUAUCCCUGCAAUUCUGGAUCGGCUCAACCCUGUUUUGGAGCGACGACCGGUUUCCGUUGUCAACUCAACCCCGGCAAACGAAGAUGGAUCAUCAGUCCUUCUCGUACCUCAUCCAGAAUGUCGCAUAUUCUUUGUUCCGGCAUCACAAGGGACGACUGUUGGAAGCAGGGGUCUUUCUCGUGCUCUGCUAGAUCGCUCGCUGAAGAUCAGUUUAAAUAGUGCAGAUGUGCUUCCGGAAGUUGCUGAGGGCAGUCCGUUUUAUUUUCGACAGAGUUGUGACAGCACUCCUUGUCACAUCGACAAAGUGUCACCUUCUUAUAUCAAUUCACCACUGAAGCGUUUUCGAAGUGCAGUCAGAGGCACUGCUGAUGCGGAAAUCAGUUCGCAUGGAGGGAAUCCAGGAGACCGCCUAUGCAAUGGCAAGCAGAUUGAGCGCUUGGCCAUGGUGCCCGAGACGCAUGUUGCGAACUUGUCCUUAGAUCCAAUUCAUGCGCAGAUUCAACGAGAACUGUUCGUAUUGCGCGAAUUGGAGAAUUUGGCACAUCCUGAAUUGGAGGCAGUAUGCGACCCCCUGAUGCUAAUUCGAGGGUGUUCAUCGUACCGAUUGUCUUCUCCCUUAGGGAUUACAGUUGAUAUUCCUGACUCAUCCCUGCGGUCAUGGCUCCUUCUUCUAGCCGCCCAAGGCUUCAUCUUGGCAUCUCAAUCACAGCAUGACCUACGAGCUCGGUAUCACGUCCUGAGAUGGAGUGCAGAUCAUUCGACCAUUCCGAGCUUGCGGAAGAGCUACGAUGAAGUUGCAUCGAGCGCCGAACACUUCUGCUCCGCGAAUGACUAUGGACGGCUGGGUGAAAGCGAAGAAACAAGAAAUGAACGAAGGCCGCCAAUUGACCCUCUAUAUGCUUUUGAUAUGCCAUCUACAUUUCUAUCAACAGAAAACCGCAUCUCAGGAGCUUCAACCAUUUUUGCUAGGGCUGUGAGAUUCAGAACUGCGAUAAUUGCCAUACAUGCUUUUCACAAGUCAUGGAAUUUGGCAUGCAACAACUCUGGCCAAGAGUCGUCUGGUACCAUUUUCGCCAGAGCAAAGUUGUCGUUUAGUGUCAAUGCCACACUUUCGUCUCAAGAGGCAGUGACUUGUACCAUUGACACAAUAUGUUAUGAAAUGCUUUCUAUUAUUGCAAGGGUCCCAGCUAAACUGCACGACUUUCUGGCCGGCACGAAGGAAUGGUCAAUCCCUGAGGAAGGAAGACUGGGCGCGCUAUUUGUUUCCGCUCGAGAGCUUUGUGAUCAGAUGGCUGAACCCGACAACGACGACAUUUCAGAAUUACAGGCUUACCUGCUAGACAUAAUAUCGACAGCUAGUUCUAUUCACAAAAGUGAACUUGCCAAGAGCUACGGGUUAGAGCCAGUUGCAUUGAUGAAGAGCUGGAAGGAAGUACGUGCUCUGCAAGUUGAUUCUCAUCAUGGCUUGUUGCUGAUGCCACGGACAAAGACUGGCUUACAAGCUGAGGCUGAAAUGCUUAAAGUGUUCGCUCGGUACAAACGAGGAGCAAUGGACUUCGCAGAGGUGGAUGGAUUCGUCAAAGGUCUUGUUAGCUUGUCGGCGGAGAAUGUUGAAAAAGACGAGAAGGUCAUCACAGUUCUUCAGAAGGUGUCUGCAGCUCUGUCCGAAGGAGGCGAGAGCACUACUGAUGGCCCUCCCGAAUUCCACUACUGGACAGAAGCUUUUUGCCUGAGUGCAACGAGCUUACUGAGGGAGGUAAUGACCAAGUUUUACGAGAUGGUAUCGCGUCCUGCGCCGCUGCACAUGUCUACUCCUCUAAAAGUUUCUAUCGCAAAAGCCCUUCUCUGCUUCGAAACCACUCCAGGCUAUCAUCUCGGAUCUGCAGUCUCGUUGCAGCGACUGCAAUGGCUUUCAGAAAACAGUGCUGACGAAAGUAUACUUCUUUCGGCUUGGGCUGAUAUGGGAGGGUCGGUAAUGUCAAGUUUGCUCGCAGAAAGCGCAAGCUUGUUGUCCGUUGGAAUGCUUCCUGAUCCACAGUCAAGAGAGACGAUAGUUCGAGAAAGUGGAAUGUGUCGCAAACUGUUCUCUUUCGUGGGUAAAACAGCACAACAUCCGUUAUGGGGUCUUCUGAAGGCACGAGGGAAGGCGGUUCAAGCUUUCAAUUGCAUUACGACAGGUUCUCAUGAGAUGACCGCAAAAAAGGAACAUACUUGUAGCCUUUUGCUUUCUUCGCUCUUUUCUUCAAUGAAAUAUUGUGGGCUGAUUCCAGCCGAAGACAUUGAUUUACUCGGUUCUGCCGUGACCACGGACGCCCUUGGGGUCCUUUUGAAGAAGGCACGAGACCACAUGGAUAAUUGUUCGCGCCCUUCGAGGUCUUGGGAAUUGUGGAGUCUGCACGUUGAGGCUCUUGUACAUGUAAGGUCCAUUUUGACUUGUAAGAACUUUGUAUUUGGCGGCGAUAGUCAGGAAGAAUCGAAACACAUAUGCUCGGAGCUCUCGCAAAAAGGCACUGCGUGGACGUCAAUUGGCUUGCUUCGAAUGCGGUCCUUCAGAUUGCGCACAGAAUGCAGGAAUAGGAUCGAUCCUUCACAAUUGGCCCGUGCAUCUGUGGAGCUCAAUCUAAGACGGAGUAUGCGUGCACGAAUAGGUGUCUACGCAUCUUCUCUUCUGAGGAGACAUUGCCUUGGUGGAGACUCACCCUCAAAGUCAAUCCCAAUUCGGCGCUUAGAAAUUCAGUACGAAGAAGCAAGGAAGACAUGCGCAGAGAGCGAAAAGCGAUUCGUCUUCAGACCAGAAGAUCGAACAUCGUUUUCUGCCUUCCUGGCAGCUCUGGAUACUGUGAAUGCAGUAAUUACGGACAAACUCAUCCAAAGUGGUCUCAGAGACAAAUUGGUCUCGGCACAAAUCAGUGAGGCCGAUCUUCGUUCCGUUGAAGAAGCCUUGGAAAUAUAUCAGUCUUGCGCUACAACUGCUGAGAAUCUGGGAAUCACUGGAACGCUGUCGCACUUUCGGGACCUUACCAGUGAACUAGUUUUGGGAUUGAGGGAAGUCCAGUAUGGCUUGAUUUGUGCCGCUAGAAGUCGAAAGCUGCAGACCAUGAUUAGAAACGAAGUGGUGUGGAAGAAAAUUCAAACGUUUUAUGAUGUAUCAACGUUUCCGAGGUCGGCAUUCCACACGGCGAUGAGUGUUACAAAAGCUCUUCAAUAUUACAAACACGCAGGAGUUUCUCUCCCCGCUUUGACCACGUGCGCUGAGUACUUGAUCGAUGGCGAAAUUCGAGGUAAUUUCCAAACUAAUCAUGACAUCUCCGAUGCGAUGAGCUACAUGGUGGGGAUUUGGAAGACAUCAAGUGUUAUGGAGGAGAAGGAGAAGGCCGCAAAAAACUCACUCCAUGUUCUACGAGAAGUCGGGAGCCGUUUUGAGGUAAGUGGGUCCGAAUUUGUCGACGCUCUUGAUUUUGACGAGGAUCAGGAUUUCGUCGACACAUUCAAUCCUCUCAAUGAAGAAGAGGAAGUUGAACUUCUCGGGUUAACUGAACCAGUUGCACUGGCGAGCGACAAGGUGCAGUUCAUUGACAAAGCGCGAUCAACUUCAAAAGGAAGGCUGAACUCUGAAAAGUUUUGGAGAAUGCACUUAAAAGUAUUUCCUGGAAUGGAGAAUCGCCCUCAGGAUCUCGAUGAUCUACGCUCGCGUCGCGUAGUUUUGCAGUCACUUGUGAAGCAUCUACACUACCUGUGUGAUGACAUUCAUCUAUUUGUAGAGCACAUUCCAACCCAAUGGCAGAUGUUUGCGGCUUUGGAAGCAGUGCAAUUGCUGGACGAAUCAACGAGUACUGAUCCGGUUAAAGCAAUUUCAGAAGGGAUGGGGACGUCAGAUUUCUACCGGGAUGCAAAUCUCUCCGAGCUGACAUACGGUUUGAAAGCCCUCCAGGGUCUGCGAAAUGGAGUCUCUAGAACUCAAAACAAAUUUUUCGGUGAGAGUGGCGGUCACCCCGUAUUGGAAGAAAUUUCUGCGGCUAUUGAAAGAGUCACCAACACGUGCCACGUUCUGACACCGUUGUCCAAAAUGGUGGUCGGUGUAGAAGGUGUUCUACGGAAGGCAGAUGAAUGGCAGAGGCUAUUUGCGACAGCAACUACAACAUUGAAGGAUGAAGUACGCGCUUUGUCUCACGUUGCAGUGAAAUGGAGGCGACGUGAAAGAGCAUCUUGGAAACUACUGAUGCAAAACAGAGUUAGAGCGAUGGAAAGUCGUGCAAGUAUUUGGUUCCUUUAUCUCUACGAUGCUCUUAUCCAGGAGGCAUCAUUAAUUGAUCAGUCCCUGAAAGACGAAGCAUGCCAAAAUAUCAUUACUACAGUGGAUCAAUUCAUGAGAUCUGCUCCGAGUGGAGAAUUUGCGUGUCGUCUCGAAAUGUUAAUUUCCCUUGCGGCGCACAUCCUGUCAGUUGGGAGUAAGGGCAACAAACUGCUACAUACUAUUGGACUUUGCAUCCGCGGUAUUGGUCGCUUCUAUUAUUUGAAUGCACCAGCAAUUUCUGAGGAGCUCUCAAAAGAAAAGAAGCUCGUGGAGGCCAAGCUGGCAGAGUUUUCCAAGUUAACGUCAUGGGAGCCUGGCCUCGGGCUGGGUGCUUCUCAGAAGAUGGCCCGAGUACCAGAAAAACAGUUGGAGUACUAUCGGCUGAAAGAAGAUGCUCAGCGAACAAAACGUAAAUUGCACAAGCUCUGCCUGGAAAUGGAUUCUGUUCUUCGAGUUCCUGUGUACAAGUAUUUAACACAAGAAGUUACGAAACUCGGCUUCGGGACUUUGCUAAAGGAAGAGGCUGUCUGUGGUGGCGCAAAUCCAAAGAAAGGGAUAGACCACGGCAAGAGCACUGAACAAAGAAUAUUGACUUCAGUAGCUGGGUUGGUUCAAGAUAUGCUCGUUUCCAGAGAGACCAGAGAUAAUGUAUUUCGUGGCGAUGCACUCUCUGACGUUUGGUUGUCAGAUGGAAAUCCAUUACUUUCAAAGCUGCCACUCUUUGAAACGCGAUUAAAUCAGUUUGGAAUGAUCAUGGAAAAGUCGCAGUGCUCCGACUGUGACUCUGGAAUGGAGUUCUGUAGAGAUGCGCGCUCGACCAUUCGAUCUCGUGCACUCCAGCUUAGACGUUCGAAGAAUCCAAGCAUCCAGCUAAAGAAACGAGCACUUGUAGAUCUUUUACAAGCACUAAGAAAUGUGGGACUAUCUCCAUUUGAAAACAGGAAGUCGGAGUCAACCGUCAAAUCCUUUCAGUGGCUUUCUUCGCCUGACCCAAGCGAGAGUCCCAGUUUCAACAAGAUCUCGAAUGAUCUAUUUUACGAUGGUGCUCAACAGCUACGCAGAUUGAGAGACGUAUCUGAUUCACGCACAAGAAACACAGACAUCACCUCAGAUGAAGCGCAAAAGUCCCAAGCAAUGUGUACUCAUCUCUUCGACAUGGCCUGCGCACAGCGAGAAAGCCUCAACAGCUUGACUCAGGAUGUGGACCGUCUUGCAACGAUGUCAUCGCAUCUGCAAGAGAUCAGGAAAGAUCUUUUUGACAGAGUAGGUCGUGUGUGGAACAGCGCGGCACGGUCGCACCUCCUGCGAACGAUCAACAAACUAAUGAAAAUUCAAAUUGACCUGAAAUUGGCACAUUCAUCAGUAACCUGUGCGCUAAGCGCAUCCCCAAAGAGUGACAGUCUCAGACAAGAGCAAGGUCCAUUAUUUGGUGACGGUCAAUUUUCAGAUACAUCAGAUUCAUUGCGACAAGUUUCAACUAUUCUUGAAAAUGGGAUCCAAAUACUUGAUCUUGUGCUUCAAGCGGACGACGUUGCCAAGCUUGAGCGAGGCUUCAAGAAGUGUUCCAAACCACCUACAUAUGCUUCAUGCUAUGAGAGAUUAGUUGGAAAUAUCACUGACUCAAAAGUGAGAUUGGACGAGGAGCUGUUGCGAGCGCGAGCAUUGUCUGAGCAGAACUUUGCUGUGCAAACUCUCAUGCCUGUGACUACAUUUUUGCAUGUAGCCCUUGAAGAACUCGGAAAGAAGAUUGAACUUCAACCCGGGCAGCCAACUAUGAAUCCUGUAGAUUUGAAGAACGGAAUAGAAAAGCUCAGUGUAUCUGCCAUCGAAAAGGUACUGGUCGGAGCGCAAAAUACUCUCGCAUGGGGCAAGGUGUCUAUCAAGAACGAAGCCGAAAGCAAAAUCGUCACGGCAUCAAGUUUUGAGAACGGAAAACUAGCGGGGGGUGCCAGGCAAGGCACUCUGCGGUGCGCUCACGCAGAAAUCUUGUCUCAUCGCCAAUCAUCUAAAAUUCCGGACCUGAUGAAAAUUCUAGGCGAGCUUCUCGAGCUGCAGGAGCAAUUAGAGGUUUGCAUGGGAUAUGAUGAUGACUUGCAUCGUGUUGGGAAAAGGUCUGCUAUGCUUCAAGGUUGUGUUGGCAAGCUUGUCAGCACCUAUAUCGGCACAAUGGUGUUACCUUCCCUGUCAAAAAUGGGUUCCGUGCACUGCCACUCGCUUGCCCUACUAAGGACAGUGUCUUCUGUCUUCAUUGGUGUUUGCACAGAAGGCUUUUGUCGGCCGGAUGAAACAAAUCCGGAAAGCACAGAAGGAGAGGAAAUGAUGGACAAGACUGGAGCAGGAUUUGGUAACAUUGAGGAUGGUGAUAUUAGGGAAGCAAAGAAUGUAUCUGAAGAUAUCGAGGAUGAGGGUCAGCUCAUCGGUCUGCAAUCCGAUCGUCGCGAAGAGGCCGAGAAAGAACCGAACAAUACCGACCAAGAACCAGGAUUUGAGAUGACGAAUGACUUCGAGGGUGACUUGGAAGAUUUCGAGCCUGAGGAAGAUGACAAAACGGAUCAGAACGCCCAAGACCCGGAGAAAGACCUUUCCGCAGAAAGUGGGCAUGGAGAGGACGUGAUCGAUGAGAGGCUUUGGGAACAAGGAGAUGAUCCGUUAGGGCCGAGCAACGGUGAAUCGAGCCAGGCAGAUGCUAACAAAGAGAACCAGCAGACAGAACUGAAGGCUAGAUCAGGAGAUGAGGCCUCGGACAAACAGGCCAGCGCUUCUAAGCCUUCUGACGACGGGGGAACUUCACAAGAGAAAGAAGAAGAGGACAGAAAGGAUGGCGAGGAAUAUCAGGAAGAUGGAGACACACCCGACGAUGAAGAGGCAGGGAACAAGAAUCCGAUUCAAGGCACAGGAGAGGACGCUAAUGAGGAGAAGACAAACGGUGACAGUGAACAAGAGGGGUCCCAGUCCCGACUCCCUGACCAGCUAAACUUGAAGGGCAAUGAAGGAGAUGCUGACGGUAUGGAAGAAGGAGGUGCUGACAGUAUGGAAGAACAAGAAUUGGGUUCCGCAUCAGGGAAUGAGCAUGAAGAAGAAUUGACAAGCGAUCAGGAUGAGCAAACGACAGGCGUCGAGGAGGGAAUACAAGACCCGCUUACAGAUUCAUCCCCUUUGAAGGAGCAGCAAAAUGAAGAAACAGGGAUCCCUGAAGCUGGUGCACAGUCCGUAGAAGGAAGUGACUGCGAAAUGGACAAUUUGCCACUCGAUGGAAGAGACGCAGAACUUGACAAUGGUAUGGAGAAGGGACCGGAUAUGGAGAGUAACACGCCGAAUGUAGAGGAGCAACCAGACAAAGAAACUCAAGAAGUAGAACAGAACGGGGCAACAGAAGGAAGCCGAGCCGGUCAUGAGGAAAAACCGUCAUGUGAGGACGCCCUCUCCCUUCCAGGCAGAAGCAUCGGUGGGCUCGAACAGAGCAACAACAAUCCUGCUCAGUUUAAGUCCGAAGAAACAGAAAAGUCGCAACAAGUGCCUGCUUCAGGCUCAGGACAACUUGCUCCCACAGACGAUGAGUUUAUUCACGGUAACUCGCAAGAACAUGGAGAGAGGCAACACCCAAGUACCCGGAGCGAGCCAGAGCCUCCAACGAUGGGAUCAGUCGGGAAGAGUGGGCAGGAUCAAUCUCAACAUGACAUGACUGAUGAUUUGCAUGCCUCCAAGGACUCGGAACUGCCUGACUCCAACCCGCUUCGAGUGACUGCCAAUGAUGAUCUCAUCAGCAGCUGGAAUAAGUAUCUCGAAGUUGCGGACAGGAAACGAGAAGAGAAGCUGCAACAAGAAGCAGAUACAAACAGACAGGAUGGGGCUUUGGAGUAUCAGGAGGAAGAUGAGAGUGACCCCGAUGGAUUAGUGGCACUCGGUGCAGCAACAAAGGAGCAACAUCAGCCCCUUCCUGAUGUCGCUCCAAACGAUACCAUGGAGGAUAUCGAUGAUGUUAAGGAUGACAAACCUGGGGAACUGGACAAAAAGUUGCCAUCUUCCUCUAAUGCAAAGUCAAGACCACCACAAAUUUCCAUGGCCCCUGCAGAAACAACAAACGCCCGAAAUAUUCCUCCAAGAAGUCAGCAGACAGACGAAGAUGAACACAGUGGAUCUCAUUGUGAUGAACCCACGACUCAUCCUGCUCGAAUCGCAGCAGAAUCAUCUACCCCCGACUCUUCCCGAUCCAACGGUGCACGAGCACAGUUGAAGGACCGGAAGGAAACGAGAGCGAGAAUGGACAUUAGCGACAACCAUGACGACGAGCAAGACGCGUCUAAACAACACACUGAGUCAAACGUCUUGGAAGAGGCGAACAGCUUGAGGAAAAAUGUGGAAGAGCUAAGCUCUGAGGAGGCAACUUCGCUGUGGAGGAAAUUAGUCCAAUCCACCACUGGCGGAGCAAGCUCUCUUUGUGAGCUUCUCAGAUUGGUGCUUGAACCCACCAUUGCCUCGAAGCUAGGCGGCGGGUACCGAACUGGAAAGCGCCUGAACAUAAGAAAAGUGAUUGAGUUCGUUGCUUCUGAUUUUCGAAAGGAUCGCAUUUGGCUGCGUCGCGUAAGACCCGACAAGCGCUCGUACGAUGUCCUCUUAGCAAUUGAUGAUUCAGAGUCCAUGUCAGAAUCACGCGCAGGUCCUAUGGCCUUGGAGUCACUGGCUCUCGUCACUUCGGCCCUCGGAAAACUCGAGAUAGGACGCCUUGCAGUGGCAAGCUUUGGAGCGGCUGCCCUCAUGGUCAAAGACUUCGAUGAACCUAUUUCGAUAAGUGACGUGAGAGGGGGGCAGCUACUCCAGCACUUUUGCUUUUCACAAAGGGAAACGAAUAUAUGCGAAUUGCUUCAAUUCAUGCAAGAUACACUGGUGGGUGUGAAGGGGCCGGAAAGUGUUGAGCAAAUUAAACUCGUAUUCGUUAUCUCCGACGGCAGGCUCAGCGCCCGGGAGGACAUUAAACGUCGGCUUCGACACUUGCGGGAUGCAAACGUACUUGUCGCAUUCCUCAUAAUUGACAAGUCGGGGAAAGAUGACACGAGCAUAUACGACGUCCGAAGGGUGGAGUACGAUUCUAGUGGAAAGAUUGAAGUAAUGCCCUACAUGCACGAUUUUCCAAUUGAGUUUUAUGCGGUGGUUCAAGACGUUCAACGACUCCCCACAAUUCUCGCCGAUGCGCUCAGACAAUGGGUGGAAAUUACGAGCACUCACCAUUUGAUAACCCGUGCCUCUCUUAGCGUCAAAGGGUUCGGUCUUCCUCUUUGGCAACGUCCUCAUUGUAUACCGCACCCCUACUGUACAUACACUAAAAGAAAAUGUGUAAAAUGA